CACUAAAACCUCUAUCCAACGGCCCAUAUCCGUCCAAUCAAUUUCCCAAUCGCAUUAUUAUCAGUGCUUAAUGUUAUUGUCGCUACCCCUCUCUUGAAAUUCCCCCAUCAUUAGUGCCCUUUCUUUAUACACAGAUAAUACUACUAUUUCUGCGUUGUGAAUUUUUAAUAUUUUCUACACAUUUACUGGGUUGAAUUUGAUUUUUUUAAAUUCCUGAGAAGUGUGGUUUUUUGUUUGGAUUUGGUUUUGAUUAGAACAUGGGUUUAAUUUGUUGAACUAUUUUUUUUUUUUAUGAGAAGUUUUUGAUGGAGAAAGGAUAGGGUUUUAAAAGGUUAAAGAGAUGGAUAAUUGUUGGCAGAGGAAAUGUGGGUCAAUGUGGCAGUCAACGUCUCCACCACUUGUUUCUUCAUCACUCCCGGAUUCCCAUUCUCAGUUUCCUAAUGCAGGUCAAAAUUUUUACUCGAGCAUUCCUCAAGAUUCAGUGUCACUGGGAAAUGGAAUAGUACAGCAGUCUACUCUUCCACGGACUUCAAAUUCAAUUGCGGAUAACUCUAGUCCCGCUGAGUUCAGUGGUUCAUUCAUAUCUUUUCUUUCUGGUCCACUGCCCUCUUUACAAGGGAAGUUUCAGCAAUCAUCAAAUUUAAAAUCAGUCUUCACGCUGAAUGAAAAGCCAAUAUAUCGUAACAAUGCCAAUGGAUCUGCUUCUACGAAUGGACCAGUGCUUGUUCCUGCUGUUGAAUUGUCACAAUAUUUUAGCAGCCACAAGUUAAAAGCUGGAGAUACUCUUAAAUCAACUGCUGUAAUAAACCAUCCAAGACAUGAAAUGGCUAAGCCAACUGCUCCAUCCCAUUAUGUUGGCAAUGAGAAACUAAAGCAUUUUUCUUUUCCUAGAGGGGCUUCCGAUGCAGAAUCAAUCCCAAAUAGUGCCAUGAAGUUUAAUGACAUACCUGAUAUUCUGACAUCUAGAAAGGUUUUUCUGGAAACAGGAUCUUCUGGGCAGUUGUCUCCAGCUCUGAGCAGCUAUCCCCGUGUGUUCUGUUUGGGCUUAAGUGGAUAUCUGGUUCUCAGGAAUACUGGUCUUCUUGGAGUUAUUUGCUUGUGCCAUGGUUCACAUAUGUCUGUUUCUAGGUUCUGUGAGCAUUCUGGUUUAUCUGAUGUUAAUCCUGGGAAUGCUGUUUGUAUGGACAGUGGUGUAACCAUAGCUCAUUGGCGGAAGGUCUUCUUCCAAGAACUAGGGAUUAGGGCUCCUGACGAUCAUGGUGGAUGGGACUGGCCUGAAGUAUUUCCAGUGAGUACUGGUUUGAGAGAGUUUUAUCCAUCCCUUCCCAAUUUAUCUCCAAAUGCUGAGCAGUCUCGUGCAUUUGGAGCUUCAAGUGGAGCUGGACAGUCAUCGAACAAUAUGUUUAUUUCAAAGGACCCUCAGCGUCCGACAUUGUCAAACUUAGAUGGGAUACGAGACCCACAGAAUGGUUCUUCAUUCAUUUCAGCUUAUAUUGGUUCAAACUCUAAGGACACAAAUACCUUCAACUCUCUUCCAGAUCUCAAAUUUUCAAAAUCUCUUGGUAUCAACAGUUCACUAAUGCAAAUGGAUGGGAGUAGUAUCUCCUCAAGUAUUGAGUUGAGACUUGGGCAUCCAUCCCAGCAAAGCAAAAAGUUUGGAACUUCAGCUCAACAAUCUUUUGAGUAUCAUCCCACUGUCAAACCAAUGGAGUAUCAACAAUCAUUGUUUCCAGAGACCCUUAUGCAUAAAGCAGUUGAAUCACGUCCAGUGGAAGAAAGCAGGUCAAAUUUUCAUAUGUUGAAUUUGAGUCCAAGAAGUGGAAAGGGCCAGCUGGACCUUGUCAACUCUGCCUAUGGACUCCACAAUGCAACAGGUGAAUCCAGAACAAGAGAUUCGGUAUUUCCUAUGCUUCAAGCACGCUUCAAGGGUACAGAAGGAAUACUGUACUCUGAAGCUGCCAAAAAUAUGGUUAAUAUAAGUCAUAUUCCACCUGGAGAACCUCAGUGUAAAUCCCUUAAUCUAAAGUGCGACCAAACUGAUUUUCAUUGUGCUAGAGGUAAUAUGACUAAUAAGGAAUUUAAAGUUGACACUUCAUGUGCUCUUGGACAUGGGAACAGUGAUAAAGGUGUGGCCAACAAUAUUGCUAAUUUCCAUGGUGCCACUGAAUUAAACUUUGGACUCUACUCCAAGUAUUAUGAAAAUAAAACGACUGUUAAGAGAGUUGUAGAAGGGAUUGGUCAUAGCAAUUGCUUGGCCUUACAUGAGAAGAACCUUUACUCGUGCAAGCCCUAUGGUAUGAUGAUGGAUAUUCCUGGUGCUCAGAACACCCUUAAUUUGUAUGGAAAGACAUCCUUAAUUUCCCAUAAUGGAACCUUUGAUAAUGGUAGUAUCAGAUCUGUCUGUAAAUCAAUGGACUCUAGAGCAGCUCCACCAUCUCAGGCAGUCACGUUGGGGUUUCCAUUAUCAAGUUCAACAUUAAUUGGAAAUCGAACUCUACAAUCAUCUAGCAAAGAGAGCUUGAAUGGAAGGCCGAUUGAACACACUGAGAAUCCAAGAAUGCAAACCUUGCAUCAGGGGUUGGAAUUUCCUACUCCGGUGCUUGUCAGUUCCUCUACCACAGCCACCAAAGAGCAUGUGCUAUGCAGGAAUCCCUUUGGCAAAGCGCCAACAUCCAUAAACCAGUUAUAUGAACCCUAUGUCGCAAAUACGCCACUUGCGUCUAAGACUGCAGCAGUAUCUGCCUUCCCUGGGGUUAGUGAUUACAUGGGAAAACAUAGUCAACUUUUAGCUCCUAAUACUGAUCUGCUUGAAGGUUGCAAUUUUUCAGCUCUCUCACAUGGAGGAUCUCUGCAUGCUCAAGACAAAGAAUUGCACUGUCAGCUUUCCACUGCUUAUACUGCAGUUCACUGGCCUUACCUUAGACAUGGAGAUUCUGAAAGCAAUAAUACUCCAUCAGUUGAGCAAGCAAAAUGCUUUCAGGUGGUACCAAAUUCGUUUAUGUCUUACUGCUGUAGCUGUGCUGUUCAGCCAGACACUUCCCUUGAAAAACAUCAAUUCAUUGGUGAACCUCCGCAUACUACUCGGAUAGAACAGAGAGGAAUUUCUGGCUGCAUUAAGAAGAAUUUAUUUGCUUGUAAGUUGAAUGACAGUCAGAAGUUUCCCUUGGAGAAUGUGGCCUCUUUGGAACAAAAUAGUAAUUUAAUGGGGCAUAAGAUAAACAAAAUGGAGUGUCACUCUUCUCAAUGGAGAGAUGUUCCCAAAAAGGUGACAGGAGCAGUUAGUCUGACAUGUAAGGAACNCUAG